AUGACACGUCACGGCAAAAAUUCGACCGCUUCGUCUUUCUAUUCUUAUCACGAAAAGAGAAAGGAUACAGCGGAAGGUGGAUAUGGCACGAUCUCAAAGAGAUUGAGUAAAGACUCAGUGAAAGGAUUUGAUUGUUGCAGUCUUACAUUACAACCAUGCCAAGACCCCGUUGUUACAUCGGAUGGAUAUCUCUAUGAUCGUGAAGCCAUUUUAGAGUGUCUCCUGCAUCAAAAGAAAGAAAUUGCACGCAAGACAAAAGAAUACGAGAAGCAAAGAAAACAUCAGGAGGUCAAAAAAGAACAGGCUGAGUUGGCUGCAGCUGAACAGCAGGCUAAAGAAGAGGCAUUUGUUAAACAUGAAAAUAGGAUAACGUCUGCUCCUAUUGAUCCUUUUAAGGAGGUUGCAGUAGCUGGCAGCAGCAAAGGGUCGAAGUCAGUCAGCAACAUGUCUGGCGAGAAACGGAAAGAUCUCCCAAGUUUCUGGAUUCCUUCUCUUACUCCAGAUGCCAAACCCACGUCGGUGAAGAAACCGGACAAGAAAACUUACUGUCCAAUGUCUGGCAAACAGUUAAGGGUGAAGGAUCUGGUAACUGUUUCUUUCACCAGAAUAGAUGAUGCACAAGAUAAAUCACUGAUUGCAAAAGAGGUUCGAUACAAAUGUGCUGUGACUCACGAUGCAUUGGGGAAUUCGGUUCCAUGUGUUGUAUUGAAAAGCUGUGGCAAGGUUGUGACGACACAAUGCUUUGAACGUCUUAUCAAGAAGGAUAUGCUUUGUCCAAUUACAGGUCAGAAACUGAAGGACAAUGAUAUCAUUGCUUUACAACGGGGAGGUACUGGCUACUCCAGUGUGAAUGAACUGCAAGCGAAGACGUACAAUCCUGUCAUGAUUGCAUAGCAAGGCUACAGUCAUCGAAGGCCUACACGGCAAUCGUCAUACAAUACGUUUGCAACAUAUCACAAGGGAGUAGUCAUACUUAAAGUAUUGACCAACUUAAAGAACAUAAUCGGUCACGUAAUAUGUUUUCUUUACAUGUAAAUGGCUAAUCUGUUCCUCGAGCUUAGCUACCCUGUAAUUUUAGUUUUACAUAGUCUGAUGUUGCUGCUGUAAUUAUACUUCAUCACAAGAAGUAAACAAAUGUUUGGUCUGUUUAGCAGCCAGCACAUAAUGCAAUAUUGGAUUGAAACCUGUGUAUUGUCUAUUUUUGUUGAUACUAAUAUUAACCGAAUUUUGCAGCUACUUAAUUAGUUUGACAGACUUCUGACACAGG